UCGCAGGCUGAGCGCGACACCAGCACCAGAACCCCGACACACGCACACGGACCGCACAGACUUCACAUUAAAGAUGGAGAUUUGCCACAACGGAUACUACACCGAAGACUUCCGGACGCAGGAAGUCCCGGCUGGACUGGACUUCGCAUCUUAUGACUUCCCUGGUGAAGACCUGUCUUUUCUGUUAGACAGCAAAAUGCUGGGACAGCAGCAGUUCCUGGCAGAAAGCUGCUACCAGGAGCACCCGAAGGCGUCCCUCCCUUACGACGCCAAAGGCAGCGAUGCUGCGCUCUUCAACCUGGACUCGUACCAGGAGUUCAACUGGUGGGCCUCGUAUCCACACGACGGGCUGACAGUGGACCAGCCGCAGGCCGGGUACCAGGAGUCUCCGCAGACUUACCAGAACCUGGUGACACAGAACGGACAGUUCAGCCCGGCCCUGGAGGGCAGCCACAGCCCCUUCCUCGCGGGGAAGGGAUCGACCGCCUUACGAUGUGAAACGGAUCAGAGCUACUACGACUCAGAGGGGCAGAGGCAGCCGUCGUCCUUCUGGCCUGAAUACCCCGGCUUCACCGCGCCACCGCCGCACCCGGCUCCUGCAUCCUGCCCUCCCAACUCCAACCCCCAGCCCUCAGAGCAGUACUGCCCCCGUGUGGCCAAACGGAAGAACGCCCACCCCCAGAGGCCGGACAGGGAGGGUCAGGUGGCGGGAAUGUCCGCGUAUCCAGGUUCUGGUCCCAUCCAGUUGUGGCAGUUUCUACUGGAGCUUCUUCUGGACUCAGCCUGUCGCACCUUCAUCUCUUGGACGGGAGACGGCUGGGAGUUCAAGAUGUCUGACCCCACAGAGGUGGCCAAGCGGUGGGGUCAGUGCAAGAACAAACCCAAGAUGAACUACGAGAAGCUGAGCCGCGGCCUGCGCUACUACUACCACAAGAACAUCAUCCACAAGACGGCGGGCAAGCGCUACGUCUACCGCUUCGUCUGCGACGUGCAGGGCAUGCUGGGGAAGACGGCACAGGAGGUUCUGAGCAGUCUGAAUGUCCUGCCCACAAACCUGGAGUCAUGGCAGUGCACCGGGGGGCCGGCGGCGGGCGAUCAGACCGGCAAGACCUGGCCGUCACAGUAGGGGAGGGGGUUCUCAGGAGUCUCGACGGCUGGACUUGACCCGCACGGCCUGAGUUCCAGAGCCCAGAGGUCCAGAGGUCCAGAGGUCCGGAGGUCCGGAGGCGGCUUCUUCAGGCCCUGUGUGAAUGGCGCUGCCCUCUGGGGCCCGAUUCUGCUGCAGCCAGUGCUCAGGUGCUGCAUUUCAGGGAACCGAUUAAGUAAUAACACAUACAUGCAUCACACAGGUGGUUCUCUGUUCGGGGAUCAUGAGGUCGCCCCCCCAGCCAGCAUUACUACAGGGGCUGCAAAAUGGGUCCCGCAAGGGUUGGUCCUACCCGUGUUAGUGAAUAUGGACCCUGAGCAGGAUUUAACUGGAUUUUAGUCGGGACCCAACUUAAACUACUAAAACUAUGUUGGACACAUUUCCCCCCUUUCUCUCUUCACCCAACCCUCUUGUGUCCCCCAUGGGUCCUGGGUACCCAAAGACUCCACAUCUGGGGUCCAGGACACCCAAACCUGAGAGGGACCCGCACCCAAGAGGGUUCUGCACAUAAGUAACCCUCUUUUACUCCAGUUGGGGCCCAGAAGAACCUGCUGGGUGGAACAAAAUAAACUGGUAACACAUUUCAGGGGCAGGGGGGCUCUCUUCUUCACCUCAGGGCUACAGGAGCGCUGCCCACGAAGCACUACAGCGUCCGGAGCCACGUUUCUCUCCAUGAAGGAUUUGUAAAUUCUGUUCAUAAGAACUAUUUGUAGAGUUUUGUUCAUUUACAUUAUUCUUAUUAUUGAUGUAAAACUCGCGUCUACCUCAGUUGCUUCUGAGAAUAUCACACUGGUGGCUUUCAGGUCCUCCCAGUAAAGUCUUUUUUAAAUAUUA